CUCGGGGGGGGGCUUUCGGGCUCCUGGGCCCCCGCCUCCCGGGAGAUGGGAUAGGGGGCUGAGGCAGCCCCCCUAAAUCGGUACCAGGCGCCCCACUCCGCCAGGGCUCUGGGGCGCGGGGUGACCUUGAAUACGCUCGCCCGCCCGCUCCACUCGCCCGGCGCCCGGAGCCCGGCUCCUUCAGCAGCCACGGGGCUGGUCAGCUCCCGAGCUCGCGGCCCCGCCCGGCCGGCCACGCCCUGUCUGGCCACGCCCCUCCACGCCCAUCGAGGCCACGCCCCCUAGGGCCCUGGGGCCUGGCCUCGUACGAGCCCUCGAAUUUCCACUCUGCAGCCCGGGCGUAUCCCGGAGGCGGGGCUGGGCAGUUCUGACCCCGCCCCGGCUCCGCCCCUCGCCCCCGUCGCGCGACUCCGCUCCCAGCGCCGACGCGCGUCCUUUGUCUGGUCCCGGCGCCCAGGCCUCCCUCUUCCGCUCUUCUUGUCUCUCCCUAUGUGUCUGUAUACUGUGUUUCUUUCUGGGCUUCUUUUUCGAGUUGUGGCGAGCACGGUGGGUGAGGGUAUGGUCAGCACUCCCUCCACCGUUGGGCCUCUCCCCCCUGCACCCUGGACCCGCCCACCCAGCUCACCUCACAAGCUCACCUCAGGCCAGCUCCCUUCCCUCCCUGCUUCUCAAGCGGCUCACCCAGGUCUGAGACGGAGAGUAUGACCUCCUGAGGACCCUCAGAACCCCACAACAGCCCAGCCCCGCCUAUUUGGAAAAGGGAAACUGAUGGACAAAGAGGAGAGGGUGUGGCCAGAGGCCACACAAGGGCCUUGAGGCCCUUGGGGGCCUGGCCACCCCAGUGAGGGACACUCAGGCAGAGACCCAUCCUGAGGAUAGGCUGGGAGGCAGUCAGGGGGUAAACUGAGACAGGCGAGGGUCCUGCAUGAAGGGGGAAGGGCCCAGAGUGGGAGGCUCAAUCAGCACCACGUGGUGGCCCAGCCUCAUCAUGUAUGCCACUCAGUGCCCUAUUGUCAGGCAUCUGCUGCUAUAACUGGGGCCGGGGGAUGCAGCUCGGGUCAAAGGGGUCAGACAUAGGAGGGUCUAUGCAGCAAGCGACCUCAGGUGUGUUCACUGCAAACUUCACAUGCCAAACGUGUGUUCAGUGCUGCAAAGGGGCCGGAGAAAAAGAGUGACAGAGAGAGGAGGAGGGACAGAGAGGGGGUGACAUGGGCAGAGACUGAGUAGAGGGGAGGAAAGAGGAGUUCAGAGAGAGAUGGACAGAGAGGAGGUAGGGACAGAGGAGAUGAGAGAGAGAAGAAGAGAAACAGAAAGAAGGAGAGACUCAGAGAGAAAGUGCGCACACAAGAGAGCUCCCUUGCUCCCAGGCCCGCUGUCUGCCUCUGUUUCUCCAUCUUUGAGCUAACCUCACCCCUCCAUCCCUCUCCUGGCCAACCCUUGAAGGUCCCUGUGAUCUCCUUGCUGCAGGCUGGGGCAGGGCGGGCGUGGCUUCUACCAAUCCAACCCCAUUAACGGCUCAGCCAGCAGGCUCAGCUGAGGAGGAAACAUGACACUGAUCCCUCUAUGUUCUGGCAAGCUCUGGCGCAGAUGGGGUGAUGGAGAGAUUGGUAGGCUGGGCCUCAGGAUCCCAGGUCUGACUACCCCAAUCACCUCUUCACUCCAUUCAAGCUGGGGGCAGCGUUAGUGGUCGGGCAACUCAUAAUCCUGUAGUCUCUGGAAUCAACUGAUCAGGGAUCAAAUCCUGAUUCCACCACUUCCACCUUCUCCUGUCACCCUGGGCAAGUCAGAGGCCUCCCUGACUCUCCGUUUCUCCAUUUGAGAGUAGAGAAGACAAUCUCCACCUUUCAGUGUGGUUGUGAAAAGUCAAUGAAAAAUAUGCACUUGAAAUACUUGGGUCCAUGCCUGGCACAUAAUUGUUGUUAGUUGCUGUCGAGUGGGCUCCAACUCAUGGUGACCUCAUGUACAACAGAAUGAAACCUUCUCUAGUCCUGUGCCAUCCUCAUGAUCAUUGGUAUGUUCAUUGUUGUGGCUAUCGUGUCAAUCCAUCUCAUGAAGGGUUUCCCUCGUUUUCGCUGACCCUCCACUUUUCCAACCAUGAUGUCCUACCAUAGUAGAGGUUCCAAAACUGGAAUUGAACGUCCUGAGCCAGUAGCUUGUGUACUGAUGUUUGCUUAUCAGACUCCCAUAGCAGGCACACCAAUCACACAACUCUGUCUUCAGCAGCCUGGGUGGAAAUUCAGAAUUCAUCUCCAUAUGUGAGGGACUUCUGUGUCAUACCUUUAUUGAAAAGACGGAGGCCCAGAGAGGUGACAUGAGUGUCAGAGGAGACAGGGAUGAGGGUAGAGCCAGUGCCUAGCACGUGGUGGCAAAUUGAAUGACUUGGCGACAUUGACGCCCAGGGCAGGGCAUACGGUAGGUGCUCAGUUCUAUUAGCUCUUUUUAUUUUUAUUAUUACUGGCCGUUUUGUUAGGAAAAUGAGCCUGGAAUCCAACCCCUGAACUUGAAUUCUCAGUUCGCCAUUUAAAUGCUGCAAGUCCCUACCCCUUAUUAAGACUUAGUUUCCUCAUCUGUAAAAUGAAGAAGAGUCUCAUAAUUUUCAACACUGGGAGGAUCAACUGGUAAAUGUUACACAAAGAAUUUUGUCUGGCACAUGUCAUGGCCAUGGUUAUUAAAAAAAAAAAAUUAUUAGUAAAGUAUUAAUGUCACGAGACUGUGAUACAAAUCUGUGGAACGUGAGUUGUUUCUUCACCACCAGCAUCCGUGGCAGACAUUGCUAAUCCAUCCAGCAUGCAUUCCUGCUGAGCCCGGACACGGCUUCAGAAUACUCCAGGCAGUCCCUCAGGCAGACACUUUCACCCAGUUGUAUUGGAGUUGCAGGGAAGUUGAUCCUCUGUUGUUGCUGUUGUUAAUUGCUGUAGAGUCAGUGGGUAUGACUCGUACCAACUUUAUAUAUAACAGAACAGAACGUUACCUGGUCUUGUGCCAUCUUCAUCGUCUGACCCUCUGUGCCAUCCGUUUAAUAAGAGUAAAUGAGAAAGAUACAGAGGCCCACGGAAGAGCAAGAUCAUUCCUCAGGACACACCGCUAUAAGGUGGCAGAGGGAUUCGCUCGUUUUCCCUUACCCUCCACUUUUCCAUCCAUGAUGUCCUACAUAGUAGAGUUUCCAAAACUGGAGUCUUUAAUCACUACAGGCUUUGGCUGUAGUGAUUAAAAUCAGUUUUGUAGUCAAACAGACCUCCUAAUGUCUGUGAACUCAGUUUUCUCACCUAUAAGCUAGAAAACUAGAGAAUGUUCUCUGCCUUUUGAGACUGUUGGAAGAAAUAAAUGAGAGUGCCCCACACAGUGCCUGGUACCUGGUAGAUAUCCAAAAUCAGGGAGCAAUUAUUAAUAGCAAUAUUAUGAGGUAGGAAUGUCAGACAUGACAAACCUGCUUCCAUUUCCCAUGACGGUGCCUGUGGCAGGCAUUGCUAACUGACCUCAGAACAUGUUCCAGCUGUUUCCACGUGUGGCUUUAGAUUCUUCCCUAGGCCACUGUGCCAGUAAUUUGAAGUCUGUGGCAAAGUGGAGCAGAGGCCCAGAAGCAGUAAGUGGCAUGUCUGAGGAUGCACAGCUGAGAAAUGUUGGUGCUGGAACUAGCCUUGAUUGGCACUAGAAGUUGGAAAUACAGGCUAGAGGUCAGAAAAACUCAUGUAUAAAUCCUGUUCUGCCAUUUACUAUAUGCUACCUGAUCUUUGGCAAUUUUUAAAAUAUCUUCAAACCUCAGUUUUCUAAUUUGUCAAGUGAAAAUUAAAAAAAAAAAAAAACUUUUCAGUAUUCUUGUGAAUAAGAAAAUCGGUGCCUGGCACACAGGCAGGAAUAGCUGAGGUAACACAUACCUGCUGUCUAUUUGUAAUUCUGUGGCCAUGGCAGACAUUGCUAAUUCAUCAAAAUGGUCUUUCCCACUAAAACUGGAUAUAGCUUCCCAACACCCCUCAAUUCAACCAUCUAGGAUGACCCCAUCAACUCAUUUUGAGUUUUCAGGUGAGGGCAACCUAUUUGCCAACUGUGCUAAAGGAAGGGACAUGAGAAAAUGCAGGCUAAUUUACCUUACUAUGUCCGUAGCAGACAAUGUCAAUCAAUCCCACCACUGUUACCUGCUGAGCUCAGAUGUGGCGUUAAAAUUCUUCUCUACAUGGCCCCUGAGAUAGCCAUUACCAGUUCUUUUGAGUUCAUAACAAAGUAAAACAGAGGCCCCCAAAGUGCCAGGCUUCCUCCUGGUGUGGGAUACAGGUGAAUUCCACCUGUGUUGCUCUCAGAGAGCCCAUACCCAGGUGCAGGACCUGCCCCCAGGACAGACCACAGUGGAGGGACAGAAAAGGCCCUGAAGGGUGAGAAUUGUUGCACAACUCGAAGAAUGUUAUCAAUUCCACUGAAUUGUACAUGUAGAAACUCGAAUUGGCAUAUAUGUUUUUGCUGUGUAUAUUAACAACAACAAAAAUAAAACAAAGUAAAUUAUUUUUUAAAAAGAAUAACUUAACAAAAAAAACUUUAAAAAUAACAUUUUAGAGUCUUUUUAACAAUUAAACAUACAACAGUAUGCUGUCCUGAACAUAGAGAUAAAAAAUUCUAAAAAAAAACACAAAAGCAUUCAGCAAAUAAAAUCAAAAACAAGAAUUACAACAUGACCAGGUUUGGAUUAUGCUAGGAAUCCAAGGUUGGUUUAAUAUUGUAAAAUUAAUUAAUGUAAUUCAUAACGUUAACAUAUUAAAGGAAAACAAUAAUUUCAAAUAGAUGUAGAAAAAAUUUCAAUAAAAUUCAACAUCCAUCCCUUAGAAAAAUAAUCUUGUUAGAAUUAUAAGAAUAAAAUAUUCUUAACCUGGUAAAAGCCAUCUGCAAAAAAAACCUAUAGUAAAGAUCAUGUUUAGCUGUGAAUUGUUUAAAACAUUUCCUUUAACAUCAGGAAUAAGGAAGCUGCUGCUAACCAAAAGGUCAGCAGUUUGAAUCCACCAGCAGCUCCUUGGAAACACUAUGAAGGCAGUUCUACUCUGUCCUAAAGGGUGGCUAUGAAUGAGUCAAAAUUGAUUUGAUGGCAACAGGUUUGUUUUUGCUUUUAGUCACAUUGUAGCCACUGCAAUAAGACAAGAAAAAAAAAAAAAAAAACAGGUGUAGACUGGAGAAGAAGAAAUAAAAUUGUCAUUAUUUGCAGGUGUUAUUAUGUUAUCCAUAAAAAACCAAAAUAGCUCAAUGGAAAAGCUGUGGGGAUAAAUGCCUAAUGGAAGUCUAUGCAUGAAGCAAAAGAAAUAUUAACAUGAUACUUGGAAUAGGGAUUACCUUUAAGGGGAAGAAAGGAGUUUAUUAUCAGGGAGUGGGUUGUGGGGGCUUCUAAAAAAUAUAUAUAUAUAUUAUAUAUAUUUUAUAAUUUAUUUUAUUUUUGUUGUUGAGAAUAUAUACAGCAGAACAUACACCAAUUCAACAGAUUCUACGUGUACAAUUCAGUGACACUGGAUACAUUCUUCAAGUUGUGCAGUGAUUCUCAGCCUCCUUUCUGAGUUGUUCCUCCUCCAUUAACAUAAACUCACUGCCCCCUAAAUUUGCUGUCUAAUCUUUUGAGUUGCAGUUGUCAAUUUGAUACCAUACAGAUAGAUCUUAAAAGAGCGUAAUUCUCUAGGCAGGCAUUCUUUACUAGUUAAGCUAAACUAUUGUUUGGUUUUUAAGAAGACUUUUAGGAGAUUUUUUGGUUUAAGGUUUCAAGAUUAUCUUAGGGUAAUAGUUUCAGGGGUUCAUCCAGCCUCCAUGGCUCCGCAAAAUCUGGAUUCAUGAGAAUUUAAAAUUCUGCUCUGUAUUUCCCCCUUUUUGAUCAGGAUUCUUCCAUAAAAUCUUUAAUAAAAAGGUUCAGUGAUUGUAGCCAGGCAACAUCCUGUUCUUCUGGUCUCGUGGCAAAGGACACAGUUGUUCAUGGAUGCAAAAAGCCACACAUUCCAUUUCCUCCUCCUAUUCUUGACUCUCCUUCUUUCUCUGUUGCUCCAGAUGAAUAGAGACCAAUUGUUCUGCCUUGGAUGGCUGCUUGCAAGAUUUUCAGACUCCAGGCACUACUCAACAAACUAGGAGGUAGAAAAGAAGCACUAAACACAUUAUGAGGCCAACUAACUGGGAUGUCCCAUGAAACCAUGACCUUAAACCUUCAAACCAAGGAACGAAAUCCCAUGAGGUUUGAUUGUACAUAAGCAGCCUCAGCUUUUUUUUUUUUUGGUCAGUGCUGUAAAUAUAUCUAUCACACAACUUUUGCCACUUUAGCUCUUUACAGAUGUACAAUUUAUUGACAGCAAUUACUAUUAGUCGGCUGUGCAACCCUACUCUUAAUCAAUGUGAUCUUUCCAUCACUGUAAACUGAAACUCAGUACUCCAUAAAAAAUUGUUGUCUUUUUUAUUCUGAAGACAUAAAUGUUCAUUUUAUUAUUCUGUAAAAUGCACAGAUAGGUUUGAGACUUCAGUUUGCAUAUACGGUAUUUAUGUAAGAAAUUUUUCACAGUAAAAUCACAUGUGGAGUGCUUUGUCCAGUCCUGGAGCAUAGUUGUUGUCCAUUGCCAUCGAGUUGAAUCUGACUCAUGGCGACCCUGUGUACAACAGAAGGAAACUUUGCCCAGUCUUGUACCAUCUUCACGAUUGUUGGUGUGCUCAAGUCUACUGGUGCAGCAGCUGUGCAUUUUGAGUGGCUUCCAACCUAGGGGGGUCAUCUUCCAGCACUAUAUUGGACAAUAUUCUGUUGUGAUCCAUAGGGCUUUUAUUAGCUAACUUUAGGAGGUAGAUCACCAGUUGUUUUUUUUUUUUUUCCUAGUCUAUCUUAGUCAACACAUAGUAGGUGCUUAAUAUAUGCAAGGAUAUAGGCAAAUAUGUCAUUACCAAAAGAAUACACGGUCCCCUCCCCAUGUUCAAGCCCAUGUCCGACAUGGCUAAUUGAUCACCAUUAAGCCCCUCCCCAUUCCCGCUGGCCCUGGUGUAGGAACUGGGCGGUGAGCGGGUGUGGCCUAAUUGUCUCCAGCAGAUACUCGGGGCCAUGGAGUCUCAGGUGGCGGGGGGCCCGGCAGGCCCGGCCCUGCCCAACGGGCCACUCCUUGGUACAAACGGAGCCACUGAUGACAGCAAGACCAACCUCAUUGUCAACUAUCUGCCCCAGAAUAUGACCCAGGAUGAGUUCAAGAGUCUCUUCGGUAGCAUUGGUGACAUCGAAUCCUGCAAGCUGGUGCGGGACAAGAUCACAGGGCAAAGCCUCGGCUAUGGGUUUGUGAACUACUCUGACCCCAACGAUGCUGACAAAGCCAUCAACACCCUCAAUGGCCUCAAACUGCAGACCAAGACGAUCAAGGUGUCCUACGCCAGACCCAGUUCUGCGUCUAUCCGGGACGCCAACCUGUACGUCAGUGGGCUCCCCAAGACCAUGAGCCAGAAGGAGAUGGAGCAGCUCUUCUCCCAGUACGGCCGCAUCAUUACCUCACGCAUCCUGGUGGACCAGGUCACAGGCGUGUCUCGGGGCGUGGGGUUCAUCCGCUUCGACAAGAGGAUUGAGGCCGAGGAGGCCAUCAAAGGACUGAACGGGCAGAAGCCACUGGGCGCAGCUGAGCCCAUCACGGUCAAGUUUGCCAAUAACCCAAGUCAGAAGACGGGGCAGGCCCUGCUCACUCACCUCUACCAGUCGUCUGCCCGGCGCUAUGCAGGCCCCCUGCACCACCAGACACAGCGCUUCCGGCUGGACAAUCUGCUCAACAUGGCCUACGGAGUCAAGAGUCCCCUGUCGCUCAUCGCCAGGUUCUCGCCCAUCGCCAUUGAUGGCAUGAGCGGCCUCGCGGGCGUGGGCCUGUCGGGCGGUGCGGCGGGCGCCGGCUGGUGCAUCUUCGUGUACAACCUGUCACCGGAAGCGGACGAGAGUGUGCUGUGGCAGCUGUUUGGUCCUUUUGGGGCAGUCACCAAUGUCAAGGUCAUCCGUGAUUUCACCACAAACAAGUGCAAGGGCUUUGGCUUUGUCACCAUGACCAACUAUGACGAGGCAGCUAUGGCCAUUGCCAGCCUCAACGGCUACCGCCUGGGCGAGCGCGUGCUGCAGGUCUCCUUCAAGACCAGCAAACAGCACAAGGCCUGA